CGAUGAGUUGACGUAUUUUUCUGUGGACAUAAUUAAUAUUAACAUCGCUCAGUAAUGGUACGGUCAGAGUGCGAGUGAAGACACCAACGCAGUCGCACAUUUUUCCUGGACCUCUGUUUUCUGUUCCGCGUUCACGGAGGGAGUCUCUUGUCUCCUCAACGGAUAGAUUUGAAGAUAUAAUGUAAAGAUUUUGAAACGCUUGUUUGGAAGAUGAUAAAGGUGUUAACUUUAUGAAGAAAUUAAUGGCGGUGAGAGAGGAAAAAGCAAGAGAGUACAAUUUACUCGGAGAGAGACAGAGGAGGAGGAGGAGGAGGAGGGUGAUGGCGGGUGUUAGCGUAAGGCGGUGGACAUUGUGGCUAAUGCUGGUGGCGGCGGCGGCGGCGGAUCUCUCGCCGUGCGCCACCGCGAGCCGGCGUGCGGCGCCUACGAGGCAGAAGCUGGAGGUGCAACGGCACCUCAAGAGGCUCAACAAACAGGCCGUCAAGAGCAUAAAGAGCCCUGACGGAGAUAUCAUAGACUGCGUGCACAUCUCCCAUCAGCCAGCCUUCGAUCACCCUUUCCUCAAGAGCCACACUAUCCAGACGAUGCCAUCUUCCCACCCAGAAGGCUCAUUGUUCGCUGAGAACAAGGCAGCAUCCCAGAACAAGACUCCCUCCUCCAUGGCUCAGCUAUGGCAUCAGAACGGGAGGUGUCCCGGCGACACCAUUCCCAUUCGGAGAACGAGGAGGGAGGAUGUGCUCAGAGCUAGCUCUGUCAAACGCUAUGGAAAGAAAAGACACAGGAGCAUCCCAAACCCCAUGUCGAUUGAUCCUGACCUCCUCAACGAGAGUGGACAUCAGCAUGCGAUUGCUUAUGUAGAGGGGGACCGAUAUUACGGCGCAAAGGCGACGAUAAAUGUGUGGGAGCCAAAGAUCGAGCAGCCCAACGAGUUCAGCUUGUCUCAGCUCUGGAUCCUGGGUGGCUCCUUUGGGGAGGACCUCAACAGCAUCGAAGCUGGUUGGCAGGUCAGCCCGGACUUGUAUGGAGACAACAACACAAGAUUGUUUACUUACUGGACUAGCGAUUCUUAUCAAGCAACCGGCUGCUACAACUUGCUCUGCUCCGGGUUCAUUCAAACUAACAAUGAGAUUGCGAUGGGCGCGACGAUCUUCCCGGUAUCGAAAUACGAGGGUUCUCAGUAUGAUAUCAGCAUACUCGUUUGGAAGGAUCCUAAGGAAGGGCAUUGGUGGAUGCAGUUGGGAAACGACUGUGUGCUGGGCUAUUGGCCUUCGUUUCUCUUCUCGUACUUGGCGGAGAGUGCGUCGAUGAUCGAAUGGGGAGGGGAAGUGGUGAACUCGGAGCCAGACGGCGAGCACACCUCCACUGCAAUGGGCAGCGGGCAUUUCCCCGGAGAAGGAUUCAGCAAAUCGAGCUACUUCAGGAACUUGCAGAUCGUGGACGAUUCGAACAACCUGAAAGCCCCACGGGAAGUCGGCACAUUCACUGAGCGACCCAACUGCUAUGAUGUGCGGACGGGCAGCAAUUUCCAAUGGGGGCACUUCUUCUUCUAUGGAGGUCCUGGCAAGAACCCCAAUUGCCCAUAGGACACCUGAAAGGCUCGCUCCUGUACAUUUAAGCAUGGAAUACUCUUGGAUAACUGUUAAUCUCUCCAAUUCUACCUUGAAAUUUUACCUGUCUUGCAUAGGUAAGUAUUUGGUUAAUUCGAUCUAUAAAUUAAUUAAAUUAA